UGCCCUCCUGAGGCUCACAUCUUCGUCCAGCCUUUCCCUCCCACCCGCCGGACGCUCCCUGCUCUGCUUCAUGCCCCAGGCCUGCUGGCUGCCCCAGCCACAYCGCUGUUCUCCUUCAUCCAUCAUCAUCCUCCUCCGGACAUCCUCCCACAGAGCUCCUUUAACUCAUGCUUCUCUAGCCCUGUCACCCCUGAAUCUCCUGAUUUUCCAGGGUCCAGACUCUGAUUUUACAAGCCUUUACACGACCAGCCUGGUGCCUCCCUGUUAAUUCCUCACUUAUUCCUUUCUUAUUCAUUUCCUUCUUGUUGGAGGAGCAGAUCCUCAGCCCACUCUUAAGCCUCCCUGUUCUGCUCAGAGCCUCUCAGGAGCCUUGGGAAACGUGAAGUUUGGGACGAGGGGCUGUGUGAGGGCUGUGGCUACACCAGGCUGCGCUUUCCUCAUAGGCUUGUGAGCGUCCUUUGCACAUGCUUGUGCUUUGCAAGGCAGGGAGAUAUUUCCUGUGACACACCAGGCACCGCGCAGCAGCAGCAUCACCAAUGAAACUGCUCCCGUUCCUAGUUCUUAUAUCCAGUCUGCUGGAUUAUGGCUAUACUUCUGCAAGCUGCAACAUGACGUGCCAUAAAGAUGCCCGAUGUGAAGUCCAGGGUGGGACACAAGGCUGCUAUUGCACCCAAGGAUAUACAGGAAAUGGCAUAUCAUUCUGUUACGAUGAUAAUGAGUGUGAAAAUGCUACUCAGCCUUGUGGAGAGAAUGCCAAUUGCACAAACACUGUGGGAAGUUAUUUCUGCAUGUGUGCACCUGGUUACAAAUCCAGCAACGGUCAACAAAGUUUUGUACCUAAUGAUGGAACCUCCUGUGUGGAUGUAGAUGAGUGCAGCAAAGAAGGAACUGUUGCCUGUGGAGAUCAUGCAAAAUGUGAAAAUGUGGAUGGAGGGUAUAACUGUGCCUGCAAGGAAGGUUAUCAACCAUCCACAGGAAAAUUGCGGUUUAAGCCAAAUGAUGGCACUUCCUGCCAAGAAAAUCCAAAGGUCAAGUGUGAGUUAUACAAAGACUGUAUAACUGAACAUAUUAAUAGAACUUUAGCUGGAAUUAGUCACUUAAAAACACCCCUGGAAAUGCUGCAAGAAAUUAAUAAGAAUACUUUAGGACCGCUUUUACCUGUAGAUGUGAUUUCAUAUGUAGAAGCACUAUCUUACUCUUCACUGAAUACCAUUCAUUACUCAGCUCCUGACAAUGAAACACUUCAGAAUACAACUAUUAAUGUUUUGGUUAACACUGUGAACAAUUUUUUACAAAAGGACAAAAUAAUGGUCUGGGAAGCUCUUCCUGUAGAUAACCAAAGAAUGAGUCUGACUAAACUGAUGCAUACUACAGAACAAGCAGCACUUCUCAUGUCACAGAACAUCAAAAAGACAACACAGCUAGAUGCUAAUGCAAGUGACAUAGCACUCAAGRUUUUUGCUUUUGAUUCACACCACAUGAAGCACAUUCACCCUCAUGUAUACACGGGAGGAGAUUAUAUAAAGAUCUCUCCAAAGAAGAAAGAGGAAUCUUAUUCUAAUGGCACCGUUGCAGUUGUCUUUCUGCGGUAUAGCAAUAUUGGUUCUUUGCUUUCAUCGCCUAAAAACCGCUCCUCGAAAGAUGGUUCAGAACAGAGACAGACAGUAAGCUCAUCAGUUAUAGCUGUUGCAAUUAGCUCCAAUCCACCUACGCUCUAUGAGCUUGAAAAAAUAACAUUUACCUUAAAGUAUGUCAAGACUGCAGAUAAAGAUAUUAAAUGUGCAUUUUGGAACUACUCAGCAGACACAAUGAGUGGCAACUGGGCUACAGAAGGCUGCGAGCUGACACAUUCCAACACCACUCACAUCUCAUGCAAAUGCAAUCAUCUGACUCAUUUUGCAGUUUUGAUGUCCUCAGGUGGCUCUGUUGGUGUUACAAAUUAUAACAUUCUUACAAGAAUCACUCAGCUAGGAAUAAUUAUUUCGUUGAUUUGCCUCUCCAUGUGCAUUUUUACAUUCUGGUUCUUCAGUGAAAUUCAAAGCACUAGAACGACAAUUCACAAAAACCUCUGCUGCAGCCUUUUCCUGGCGGAACUUAUUUUUCUGGUUGGAAUUAAUAUGAACAAUAAUAAGCUCUUCUGUUCAAUCACUGCUGGGUUACUCCAUUAUUUCCUUCUAGCUGCUUUUGCGUGGAUGUKCAUCGAAGGCAUUCAUCUCUACCUUAUAGUUGUGGGAGUCAUCUACAACAAGGGAUUUUUACACAAGAAUUUCUAUGUCUUUGGCUAUGUCAGUCCAGCUGUGGUAGUUGGAAUUUCUGCUGCAUUAGGAUACAAAUAUUAUGGCACUACAGAAGUAUGUUGGCUCAGCACAAAGAAUAACUUUAUAUGGAGUUUUAUAGGACCAGCAUGCCUAAUAAUUCUUGUUAAUUUGCUGGCUUUUGGAGUGAUUAUUUAUAAAGUAUUUCGACACACAGCAAUGUUAAAACCAGAAGUUAGUUGUUAUGAAAAUAUAAGGUCCUGUGCCCGAGGUGCUCUUGCUCUGCUGUUCCUCCUCGGGGCUACCUGGAUCUUCGGGGUCCUCCACGUCGUCCAGGGAUCCGUGGUCACCGCGUAUCUUUUUACCAUCUUCAAUGCUUUUCAAGGGAUGUUCAUCUUCAUAUUUCUGUGUGUGUUGUCUAGAAAGAUUCAGGAAGAGUAUUGUAGGUUGUUCAAAAAUGUUCCUUGCUGUUUCGGCUGCUUAAGAUAAACGGAAGAAAAACCUGUAUGAGCAUCUCAGUGGAAGAAGGGAGCAACCUACACGAUGUUGUUGCGUUUAUUACAGAAAAAUAAGGCAUUGUGAAAGUAUGAAAUGACCCAGUGAGCAGGCAUCGCUCGACACUGAAUAACUGACUGGUUUUGUACAUACAUGUGCAUUCAUGCAGAGCAUUUGUAUUAUGCUGUAUACAAACAGUAUACAAAAUGAACUGGAAUAUUGGAAAACAAGUAAUAAUGCAGACCAGGGUAAGGAGUAAAUUUCUAAAAGAGUACAAGAAUAUUCCCGUCUUAGGUUUUGUUUCUAGUAUUAGAAAUAUCUGCAGUCCUUACAAGAGAGAUACAAGAAUCCAACUGGCAGAGCAGAUUUUAUGAAUUGCUCUGCUGGUUUGAACGAGCCCACUGGUUUUUGUAGUAACAAGCUACAUCCAUUAAGUUGUAUGUGGCCAUCUGCAGAGAAUGGGUUCCAUUACAGAGCCAAUAGAUAAAGAUCUGUUUCAUCCCGGUCUUUUGAAAACAUUUCUUUUAAUUUAAAGUAGAUUAAAAAUGGAAUUUGUUUAAUAUUAUUCUCUUAUCACUCCAAAAUAUAUAUUUGUAUAUUAAUCAAUUCUUUAUUUUUAUAACUCCUAGGGAACUGUUUAAAUCCAAAGAACUGAUGGCAGGUUUGAUACAAGAAUGGUGGGACAGCCAUUUUGCAAGUGAAAAGAUUACUUUGUGAAUACUUUGAAAAAGAUCUGGUUCUUAUUUAAUUGCCAAACAGACUGAGAUCUGCUCAACUGGCACUAUGAUUCUGGAGGCUGUGGGAAGGAGAUGCUUUCACAAGUGUUAUCAUUUGAUAGAGAUAUGUGGAAUCCAGAUCUUUUAGGAUCGAUUUGAAGCAAAGCAGUCAACAUUAUCUCUGUAGAAGAAUACUAUUGUAAACCUAAAGUGAUGUGCUUCCAUUUCAUGCAAAAAUGUCAUCACAGCAGUUUUCUAUACUUGUAGCAUCUGUAGCAUCUUGUAGCUGACUCAAGCAGUUGUCCUCUUCCCAGGUUCCUGAUUUUGAAACGUUUGCUCCGUGUUUAACCUCAGGAACAUAUGUAGGACUCAUGAAAUCAACGGGACUACUUGUGGUGCAAGUUUUACAGGAUCGGGGCACAAACRUGUUCCAUCAGCAGUUACAGCUUUGCCAUCUCAUUCACUUUAGAAGUGUGCUGUAACUUCACACUUUUAGCACCUGGCUUAUGUGAAGUGCUGAGCAAUCCGCAGUCCACGCUGCCUUCUCAGGAGGUGUCUAGGAUCUCAGAUAAGGGCCGUUUUUUUACCAGUGGGACCCUGUAAAUAUGUAGUUGUUAAUAAAUCCCACUGCUGUUUUGCCUGUUGAAAUAAAACACUCUGAAUUUUAUUUAUAUUAAAGAAAACCUUUUUCUAAGUAAUGGUCAAAUUUUAUCUUUUUUUCCAUAUACACAAGGCUUUUGUAGUGCAGCGACAUGCUUCAUUAGG